AUGUGCCGCUCUCCUCUUCCUGCGACGGAUCACGGCACCGGCACCGAUGCGUCAUGUUCUUUUCCUGCGACGGCACUGGGCAAGCCUAAUCAUGUAUCGAAACCAGAGGAGGAAGAGAAUCAGUGUGGGAAAGCAGGCGAUGGCCAUGUUCUUACGAUGCUGAAGAGUUUUUGGUUCAUGGUAAAUGGGAUUGUUAAGGAUGAUGUUGUUGAAGUUUCGGAGUUUGCAAAGCAAGGCAUGCCUGUGGUGGAGAUAGCAACAUUGAUUUUCGAAGAGGUUUUAGGGAGAACGUUGAGUAGAUGGCCUUUGCUUUCUUCUAGACGUCACUUUAGAAGAAUAGUUUGGCACCGAGUGAGGCAUAUUCUCUUUUUACUCCUUGAUUUCAAUAAUUGUUCUUGGUUGAUGUAUCAAGAAGAUUCUAAUAAAGAGUGGAUUGUCGUGUGGUGGCAGAUCAAGCAGCUUAAUGAGCCCACUGAUGUUAUGAAAAGUGAGUGGAAUACUGAAGGGCUUCUCACCAGAAUUGAGGCUUGAGGUUUUAUUCCAACCAGGAGCUCCUAAAGCAAAUGAAUAGUUUAACGCAGUUGAAGGAACAUGUAAAGUGGGUCGUUGGUUGUGUAGAGUACAUGAUUGAAUGAAGACAAAAAUGACUUGAUAAUGAGAGAAACUGUUCCACGUAAGAUAGUGUAAAGUGCUCAGACCGAAUCUAGAAAAUAAUUAACAAAAAGGCUCUAAAAGCUUCUGGGCAGAAAUAUCUAUUUGCAAAUGCAUCCAAGGAUCUGCUGCUAAUGCAUAAAGUAUUUCCUUACUUUCUAUGAAAUAAUUUACCUUCUUUUUGUUAGUUUGUUCUCA